UAAGCGGAAGACGAAUCGAAGCUAAAGGGGGAGAGAGAAGCGAAGCGAAGCGCAGAGGAGACGAGGAGCCCUUCCUUUCCACUCGUCUCCCCUCCCUUCCCCCCAACCGCGCUCCCAUAACCCUAACCCUAACCCUUCUCCGCCGCCGCCGCCGCCGCCUCUGUCUUGUUCUUCCUCCUCCGCUGAUCGCCGCCGCGGCCUCUGGACCUCAGCCGCGACGAGAACGCCGGGCUUUCUCGCGGCGUGUGUAUUGAGGGCGAUCUCCUUGUCUCUUGAUUCGGUUCUCUCGAUCCCUCGCGAAUUGAUUCCAAAGAUACAUACUAGCAGACAUGCAGAAGGAUAGUACUUCCAGUGACUCUCCAGUAAAUCAUGUGGGCCGUGUUCGGCAUCGUAAGCGUCCAACUGAGGUUCCUUCAGAUGCAAAUAAAGCCAGUGAAACUAAUCUGCUCAUCAAUGACCGGAACAAAUACAAAUCAAUGCUUAUCCGUACAUAUUCGUCAAUAUGGAUGAUAGGGGGUUUUGUGUUAAUAAUAUACAUGGGCCAUUUGUAUAUCUGUGCCAUGAUUGUUGUCAUUCAAAUCUUUAUGGCGAAGGAACUAUUUAAUCUACUCAGAAGAGCCAAUGAAGAGAGACAGCUUCCUGGAUUUAGGCUUUUAAACUGGCACUUUUUCUUCACUGCGAUGUUGUUUACCUAUGGACGCUUUCUGAGUCGACAUCUUGUUAACACUGUAACAUCAGAUUCGUUGUUGUAUAAGCUUGUGAAUGGGCUCAUCAAGUAUCAGAUGUUUAUUUGUUACUUUCUUUAUAUUGCAGGUUUUGUAUGGUUUAUUCUCACUCUGAAGAAAAAGAUGUACAAGUAUCAGUUUAGCCAGUAUGCGUGGACACAUAUGAUUCUUCUGAUGGUUUUCGCCCAGUCUUCUUUCACGGUGGCAAAUAUAUUUGAAGGAAUUUUCUGGUUUCUCUUACCAGCUUCACUCAUCGUGAUCAAUGACAUUGCUGCAUAUUUCUUUGGAUUCUUUUUUGGGAAGACACCCUUAAUCAAACUAUCUCCAAAGAAAACCUGGGAGGGUUUCAUUGGUGCAUCAGUGACAACUAUGAUCUCUGCCUUUGUGUUGGCAAAUGUAAUGGGCCGCUUCCAGUGGCUGACAUGCCCAAGAAAGGACUUAUCUACUGGAUGGCUUCAAUGUGAUCCUGGUCCUUUAUUUAAGCCAGAAUAUUACUCUCUCUCUGGAUUGGUGCCUCAGUGGUUCCCUUGGAAAGAAGUUGCAAUUAUGCCAGUGCAGUGGCAUGCUUUAGCUCUUGGUUUAUUUGCAUCAAUAAUAGCACCAUUUGGAGGAUUUUUUGCGAGUGGUUUCAAACGGGCUUUCAAAGUGAAGGAUUUUGGUGACAGCAUUCCUGGUCAUGGUGGAAUAACUGACAGGAUGGAUUGUCAAAUGGUUAUGGCUGUUUUCGCAUACACAUACUACCAGUCCUUUGUCAUGUCUCAAAACUUCUCAGUCGAGAUGAUUUUGGAACAGAUACUCAGGAAUCUUACAUUUGAGGAGCAGAAAAUUCUGUAUGAGCAACUCGGGAAUAUCUUCCAUGAGAGGCAGUUGAUGCAAACCUGAAAGACCAUUUGCAGCUGGUUAAAUUUUAACGUAAUGCUUUCUGUACAUGAUUGUUGUGCAUUCAAAUGCUCAAUGCAUCACAUAGAUUAGAGUCUAUGUAUAGUCAUAUCCCAUUUCGUCGAUCUUUCGUAUGCUGGUGGAGAGCACUUCCCGCGUUUUACAUAUGAUUUUUCCCUGCUCUUCUUUAGUACCUAGUUACUUGUAUCUUUUGGUUACAAAAGAUAAAUUUUCUAGCGGAGCAUUUUGAUGCAAAUAAUGCAUUCUGUGUAUUGAAACCUUCUCCUUUGUAGUAAUGCUUUUGCUAUGGGAUAAAAUUGUUCCUAGUUAAGUUCGACAGUUGCAAUGCCAACACGUGUUAUAUCUCAAAUAUUAUCAUCUCGCAAUUCUAGAGGUGCAA